GGAGAGACGAAGGGCGGGACAUCCGGUUGGUGACGCAGUUGGCGAAGUGGAAGCCCCGCCGUCAAUCAAAUUAGGAAAAAAACAAACUGGACUAAAGCGAGCGCAGGCACCGAUUAAAAGAACCAUGCUCGGAGUGUAAUUAAAUGCAGAUAUCAGUCUUCUUUAAAGAACUCACGUAAUGACCGCGCCUGAAGGGCCAGUGAAAGCGGGAGUCAUGGCGGACAGCGGCAGCGCUCAGGACGGCGGUGGCGCGGAACAGGACGGACAGCCCUCGCCGCUCGCCCUGCUCGCCGCCACUUGCACCGGCCUCGGUUCGCCCGCCCCCGGAGCAGAGAACGGGGCUAACUCCAAUAAUAAUGCUGCUGCUGGAGGGAACGCAGCCCUCUCAGUGCAGUUAACAGGGUCAUCUGAAAGGUGGGAGGCGGUGAAGGACGACUCGGGUGUCCUGCAUCUCCCCGGCACGGGUAUCGUCACGUCCAACGGACAGUAUGUUCUUCCUCUCCAGAGCCUACAGGGUCUCCAGAACCAGUCCAUCUUACUCACUUCAGGGACCGACGCGUCCGCCGGUGCAGUGCCUAACAUCCAAUACCAAGUCAUCCCUCAGGUGCAGACGGCCGAAGGGCAGCUGGGUUUCUCUGCCUCUGCCGUCGAGGGGGCCUCAAUGGCGCAGGACGCCGCAGGGCAGAUCCAUAUCCUCCCGGACGGCACCCAGACCAUCAGCGUCACCGGCACAGACGUUCUCAGCAACAGUCAGAACCUCAUGACCCAGUCUGGCCAAGUGCACCAGAUCCCGCAGGUGUCUCUGGGAAGCUCUGCCUUCAGCACUCAGGGUCAGGUGGUCACUAAUGUGCCUCUGGGUUUGCCUGGUAACAUUACCUUUGUGCCCAUAAACAGCGUGGAUCUGGACUCUCUCGGGCUCUCUGGAGCCCAGCCGAUCGCCACAGGUGUCACAGCUGACGGACAGCUGAUCAUGACCAAUCAGACCGUGGAGAACUCUGAGGGCUUGGCCAAAGCAGGGGAACAGCAACAGACACUCAACUCCAGUGCAGCUGCAGACAUGUUUGUGCCUACCACGUCUUCAGCAUCCUCCUCAUCCUCGCAGCAGCACACCAGCACGAUAGACGGCACUGGCGUGUUGACGCAGUCUGGAGAGCAGGGAGACGGGUCGGGCUACCUCAGUCAGGGCACGGUGCAGGUGUCUGGAGGACAGCAGGUGAUCCAGUUACAGCAUUUGCCCUUGCAGACCACUGACGGUCAGGUGUCUGCUCAGGCCCAGCAGUCUCUGCAAAAUGUCCAGCUCAUCAACCCAGGAACAUUCCUCAUCCAGGCCCAAACUGUCACUCCGUCAGGACAGAUACAAUGGCAGACCUUCCAGGUCCAAGGAGUUCAGAAUCUCCAGAACCUUCAGCUCCAGACGGCUCCAACUCAGCAGAUUACUCUCGCCCCAGUGCAAACGCUGUCUCUGGGUCAGGGCGGUACACCUGUCAGCUUGACCUCCGGACAGAUGCCUAACCUGCAGUCAGUGACUGUGAACACUGUGGGCCAGGCAGGCAUUCAGUUCCAGCAGUCUGAGGACACAGACAGCACUGGAGAUAUUCAGAUUAAGGAGGAGCCUGAUUCGGAGGAGUGGCCUCUGGACAGUAGCUCUACGCUGAAUGCCAAUGACCUCUCUCACCUUCGUGUUCGUUUAGUGGAGGAGGAGAUGGAGGGAUUGAACCAGGAGGGCAAACGUCUGCGCAGGGUCGCAUGUACCUGCCCCAACUGCAAAGAGGGAGGCGGGAGGGGAUCUAACAUGGGCAAGAAGAAACAGCACGUGUGCCAUAUAGCUGGCUGCGGGAAGGUAUAUGGGAAGACGUCUCACUUGAGAGCUCACCUGCGCUGGCACUCGGGAGAGAGACCCUUUGUCUGCACCUGGAUGUUUUGUGGGAAAAGGUUCACGCGCAGUGAUGAAUUGCAGCGACACAGGAGAACACACACUGGAGAGAAGAAGUUUGUGUGUUCAGAGUGUUCGAAGCGGUUCAUGCGCAGCGACCACCUGGCCAAGCACAUAAAGACGCAUCAGAACAAGAAGGGAGGGGGCGGAGCCAUGGUGGCCAGCGUGGGCGGAGCCAUGUCCUCGGACAGCAUCAUCACGACAGGCGGCACCACACUCAUCCUCACCAACAUCCAGCCCGGCACCAUGCAGGGCCUGGCCACCGUCAACGCUACCGUCAACACGUCUAACUCACAGGACCAGCUGAGCACAGCCGAGAUUCCUCUGCAGUUAGUCUCAGUGUCCGCCGGGGACACGGCCGAGUGACAAACCGCUGCUCUGAGAUGCAGCUGAACGCUCUGUUAGACUGCCAAGGUUCCGCCUCUUCCUGUAUGACAUCACAUCCUCUUCUCCCGCAACCUGAGACUUCAUACGUCGAUUCCAUGCUCACGCAUUUACCUUGCUUUUAUACCUUUACAUAUUUACCCUCUUUUACGUAAAUAUGUACAUUUACGUGAAUGCAUAUAUACACACACACACACACACACACACACACACAUAUAUAUAUAUAUAUAUAUAUAAAUAUAUAUAUAUAUAUUUUACAAAUAUAGAAUUAUUGGGGUUUUGUUCAUCUUUUUAUGGGGGAAGCAUUAUUUCUUGUUUUCACAUACAACACUGAAAUGCCUUAUAUUGUAUUAUAAGCUGUCGUGUACAAAGCUCGAGUUCUUCAUGGGUGUCAAGCAUCUGUUUCAGUGUGUACUUGUUGGAAUGAGAAUAAUCGUGUUGUGUAAAGAAUGCAGCGGUGGUGACAGGCUGGUGGCUGAUGUUAAAGGAGCAGCUUAGCCAAAAGUGAAAAUUCUCACAUUAUUUAUUCCCCCUCCCAUUAGGGCAUUCCAAACUCGUGCGGUUUCUUUGAGGGAAAAUAGUUUUCUUUACAUGCAACAAGACUUCCAUGUCUGUCAAGCUCCAGAAUGGACAAAAACUGGUCCAUGUGACUGAAUAAAUGCAAGCUUUUUUUCAGUGAGAGUCAUCCCAUCAGCUGUAUAACUUUGUCAUGGGCUUUGGUUGGAUGGGAACUUAAGGGUCUGUUCCUCACACAAAGCUUCAGAAGAAUGUAGCAUCUUGGGUCUGAACUAGUUCUUGUGGAGCAGGGGAGUAAGUAAUGGCAGAAUUUCCAUUUGUGGGUGAGCUGUUUCUCAUUUUAAUUAUAGUUCGUAAGUGAUAUUCGUGGUGUAAGUUCUCUGUAUAAGGAAGAUGUAAAACUUUGGAGAGAAGCCUGCCAUUGUGCUGUUGGGAGUAAUGAAGGUGUCCAAUAGUGUCUUUACGUGUCUCCGAUGCUCCUCAUGAAAAUGCAUUUGAUUUAUUUUAUGUAGUUUUAAUUUGAGUAGGUAAACCCAGGCCUGGCAAAGGGGAAAAAUAUGAAACAAUCAUGUAAUUAAAAGCAUUUUAUGUAUCAUAAUUCUCAAACCAGUUGAUGAGAUCUUUCAGUAUGAAUUUGUUGUGAAUCAAAGUCUUUUUGAUUCAUAAAGUGAUAUUUAUAUACAUUGUAACCUGGAUUUGUGGUGUCCACAACUGCUUUUCUAAGGAAAAAACAAAACAAAAAAAAAAACUCCCUUUGGCUUUACUUUUUUAAAGAACUGGACUGUAAUCAGCGCCAAGAAUCAUUUGUAUGAAAUGAAGCGGUUUGUAGAUUGCCAAAUUUGAUAAAUAGAGAGAAAAACUCUUGAUUUAUGUCUGAUGGUUUGCAGCAUUAAUAUGCAGAUCUGUACUGUGUUUCAGGACCAAACGAGCAGCUCUGAGUGUCUGGCGUCAAUCUAGCAGUGUGCUGUGUCAAAAUACUUCAGUAACAGCCUAUCUGGAUGUGUUAAACAAGCAAAAGCGUGGCGGGACCUUUGCGGUCACAUCACUGCCUAACCGUGUGGUGAUGUAGGCGUCGUUCACGGUGGUCAAUCUGUAGGUUUUGAACUCCUUUGUUCGCUUACUGCAGCCGUGAGUCUGACGCCUUCAAUCACAGAGAGCGAUUGUCCUCAUAGGAGUUAGCUAAUGAACGUUUUGUAAGGAGUUCUCAAGGUUUUAUUUGAAUACACUGCAGGUCAUCAGGGAGGACGCACUCGUUUGCUGUUAGUCCAUGUACAAGUAUGGCUUUGUUUCCAUGUGGUACUGUACAAUUAUUCUCCGCUGAUCUGUUUUUAUUCCUUCAGCUAAUCAUGAUGUCUCUUUAUCUACCGAUUUUGAGUACCGUUGCCAAUUUUUGUGUUGGGGAUUUUAUACCUCCCGUAGCCAAGUUUGUAACGAUCAGGAGUUUGAUUGAAAAGGUCCAGCGGGGUUAAUGGCAGAUAAUGAAACACUAUUUUGUUUUCUGAUUUGAUAAGGGGUGUUCUGUCACAGUGAUCCAGAAUAGCUUUUCCUAGUUGAAGUCUGAUUUGAAUUCGUUCAUUAUACAUAGCAUCUUAACAUGUCACUUUUAUAUUUUUAUUUGGUCAUUUUUCCAAGAAAGCUUCGGACUAUUGUACAAUGCCCACUUUUGAGGGCAGCUGUUUAUUUCACACUAAAAUGACUAAACAUAAUCCUGUGCUUGUCAGUUGUCUUAUUUUCACAGAACACAGAUGCAAAUACGUGCACACAACAGUAAAAAUAGAUAGUUGACAAAUAAGAACCAUACAUUUUAUCCACCCCCAUCAUAAAAAAAACCAAAAACUAUUUUUUUCAGCAGGGAUGAAAAAGUUUGAAUAGGAAAAAGCAUAUGUGCAAUACAUCUACUAUUUGCAUUAAUACAACAAAAUUUAUGAUUGAAAUUUUCAACUUUUCAUGUUUGAAAACAAAUCACUUCUUAAAAUUCCUAGAAAUGUAACUGUGUGUGUGUGUGCACGCAUUUUUGUGACAAAUGAGGGCAUCAAUUUGUAUAAUGACAAGGUUAUGACAUAGGUAUUACAAGGAGAAGGUGACUUUUCAGGACAUUACACCAUGUCCCCACUUUUCAAAACGCUUAUAAAUCACAGAAUGGAGUGUAUUGAAAAUCUGAAAUAGCACAAAAGUUUCCUUUAAGGGGUAGGGUUGGUGUAGGGCAAUAACACAUGCAGUUUGUACAGUAUAAAAACCAUUACGCCUAUGGGAUGUCCCCACUUUUCACAAAAACACACGUGUGUGACCUUUGUGUGUGAAGUCCAGUAGAUGUCACUGCAGCAACAGGAGUAGGAUAUCCAGCUGAGUCUCUGACCGCUUCCUGCCCUCUAAAUCCUGAUAUAUUCCCCAUCCCAUGUGCGUUUAGAAGCUUCUCUGACAUAUUCAAUGUUAAAAUAUGUAUAAAAAGAGCAGGCACGAUGAGCAUCCGCCCACCCAACCCACCGUUUUACCUCCUUAAAUUGCAUAUGAAAUAUGUUGUUUAUUUUUGAACUUGCUCAAGUGUGAACAAAAUUCCCCUCCAUGCCUUUUUCAUUUCAAUUUAGAAAUACACUUAAAGCAAUUUCCUCUUAGAGGGGCUUAUAGAUCAGUCUGUUUUAACUGUUGUCUAUUGUGAACAUUAAAUCCAGCUGUGUGGAAAAUUGAUUUGGAUAGCCGUCAAUGUAUUUUAUUUUUAUUUUUUAU